AACUCCAUAGUGUGGAUCCUGCUCUUCCCAGGAAGCUGAGAUCCACGAGCUGCAGAAGAGUUCCCAAAUCAGCUGAGACGUUAUACUGGGCAUCAUGAACGUCAAUGAUUUUGUAAUUCUCCCAGGCUCAAAAUCUGGAACCUCAGUGAGAUUAAAAACAAAAACUGUCAAGGAAUUGCAGUUGGAGAAAGUGCAGUUAGAAACAGAAAACAAAGAGAUGGAGAAGAGAUUACGGCAGCUGCAGACAAAUAUGAGCAGGGAAAAGGAAGAGAGGAGGACAAGGAUUUGUGGGCAGGCAGGACCAAGGAUGACCCAAGCCCGAGCUGUGGCACAAAACAAUGAAAACAGGAAGAAGGUUUCUCCAGAAAAAGUGAAGUUCCAAGUACUCAAGGAACAGAGUCAAGGGCCAGUGAAAAAACCAGUGAAGUCUGAAAGAGGAGAUGUUGUAGCUCAUGAAAAACUGGGAGUGAAGGGGAUGGCCUGUGGAACACCUGAAAUUAAGGGUGGGAGACUGGAACCAGUCUCAGAAUCAACCUGUGCAAGCCUUGGAAAGGUUGGAAACGAAGGAGUGUCGUGGAGUGGUGCCUUUGAUGAGGAGGCAUCUGCAAAGUCUUUUCAGGAAGCUUUGCUUCUGGGGUCCCAUCAGACCACAGAUAGUGAACCUGUGGGGAUUUGUGAGGUGCAGACCAAUGUUACUGCUCUGAAGGAACCCAUCCAUGUGGAAUUCCAGAAGGAUGGCCUGAGCUACAUGGAGAAACUCCUGCUGAAGAAAUACAGGAGGACACCUGUUGAUCAAUUUUUUGCAAGUUGCAUGAAAGAUUCAAGGCCUGUGCAAUCCCCGAGUGUUCAUCAGGCUGGAGAAGGGGGACAAGGAGAUGAUGAUGAUGAUGACAUUGAAGAGUUAACAGAUGAAGAGGUGAAGAAAUACUGGGCAUCUGUUUAUAGAGGUGAAGAAUCCAACACUGUUUCUGCAAAUGCUGAGACAUCUUUGAAAAUUGAGUUCCUUGAUGAUUCUCAUAGCAAAGACUUGGAAGAAUCUUCAGACCCUCCAGUGGUUCUAACUGGAGCUGUGGGGAUGAGUAAGCAAGGAAAAACUGACCCACUGGAGUGUGAAAGCAAUCCUGUUUCUCCUAAAGAAACUUUUCAAGAAAAACUGAUUGUCUGCAGUGAUCUUGAAAUAAAUGCAGUGCAGGAGGAGAGUAUUGAACCAAAGGCUAGGAGAAGAUCACUGAGCUCCUGUGAACCUCCUGAGGAGAUCUCUGCCCCCACUGAAGGAGGGAGCAAAGAGCUCAUUGGGACUGAGCUGAAGAGCAGCAGAGAUCUCCUGGAGACAGAACUGCAGCACAGCAGGAGAGAGCCACAAGAACCAGGCAGUGCCUGCAAUACUCAGAGUUUGGUCUUGCCUGUAAUUACAAAAUCUUCAGCAUUACAGGAUGUAGCCAAAAGACAGAAAUGUGGUUCUACAUCAUAUCAAGGGCUUGAAGGUUUCUUUGUUAUAGGAACAAACCUUAAACAGGGAAAGCUGGAGGCACCUUCUUCCCUGGCUGCUGCCUCCAGCCCUAGGGACAGGAGGAUCCCUUCUCCAGGAGAUGGGCAGUGGGUUUCUGAAAGGAGCUUAGGUGAAUAUGCUGAUGAUUCUAUAGUUCAAGGUGUCUUGGAAAGUCAACUGAACAGGGCUGCAAAUGCUUUCCAGGCUCAAAAUCAACUUUCUUCUCUGAUGGCAGCAUGGAUGCCAUGGCCAGGCCCUGAAAAUCAUUCCAACUUAACUUGUGAAGAUGGAACCUCCUCCAGCAGAGCCUGGGAGAAGAUCUUUGGAAAUGCAGAUUUCCAGGACACCCUGAAGCUGAAAGACCAUGAAAAAUUUAAUAUUUUUGGGGACUGGGAGGAAAGCCAAAUGGAUGAUGAGGAAACAAUUCUGGAGGACAAACAGCAGGUUCUGGCAUUGCAGUGAACAUGGAAAACUCAGCUCAGUCUCCACCUUUGUUAGGUUCAGAACCAAGAAGAUCCAAGAGGUGUUUUAAAUGUUGCUCAAGACAUCAUUUACAAAGGAAUAUUCUGUAAACUUGUCAUUAAAACUUCUUGAAAAUA